AUGGAAGCUGCAAGUAAUGAGGACCGACCACCUCUGACGAAGCCCAAGAUCAUUAAAAAAAGGACCAAGAAGCUCAUCCAGCACCAGUCAGACCCAUAUGUCAAAAUUAAGCACCACUGGCAGAAACCCAAAGGCAUUGACAAUAGGGUACAUAGAAGAUUCGAGGGCCAGAUCUUGAUGCCCAACACUGGUUACAGGAGCAACAAGGAAACAGAGCACAUGCCUCCCAGUGGUUUCCAGAAGUUCCUAGUCCACAGCAUCAAGGAGCUUGAAGUGCUGCUGGUGUGCAACAAAUCUUACUGUACAGAGAUUGCUCACAGUGUCUCCCCCAAGAACCACAGAACCACUGUAGAAAGAGCAGCCCAGCUGGCCAUCAGAGUCAGCAAGCCCAAUGCCAGGCUGUGCAGCAAAAAAAAAUGA